CCAGGAAACGGCACACACACACACACACACUGAGAGACUGAUCUCUUUCAGACAAGACCCACAACUCUCAACUUCCCCUGACGGAGAAAAGCUACAGCAGAAAAUUCUGGGAGUACUGUCUGCAUUCAUGGAGGUGAAUUUAAGGAGGUAAAAUGACUGAGAGUGAACUUUCUAGAGGAGAGAGAUGAGCCACAAUUGACUGACUUCCUGUUUAACGUUCUGCCGGGUGAGUUUUCAGCCUCACUCAGACAGAGAAAAUGUCUUUCCGAGCUGAGGAGGAUCUCUCUUGUCCUGUCUGCCAGGACAUCUUUAAAGAUCCUGUUGUCCUGUCAUGUAGCCACAGCUUCUGUAGAGACUGUCUGAGGAGAUGGUGGGGACAGAAACAAAUACAGGAAUGUCCAAUUUGUAAGAGAAAAUCAUCAAGGAGUGAUCCGCCUCGUAACCUGGCGUUAAAGAACCUGUGUGAGGCCUUCUUACAUGAAAGAGAUCAGAGAGCUUCAGCAGAGUCUGGCGCUCUCUGCAGUCUGCACUCUGAGAAACUUAAGCUUUUCUGUCUGGACCAUCAGCAGCCAGCAUGUCUCGUCUGCAGAGAUUCAAAAACACACAACACACACAGAUUCAGACCCAUUUAUGAAGCUGCACAGGAUCACAGAGAGGAGCUCAAGAGGUCCCUGAAACCCUUACAGGAGGAACUGAAGCUCUUUGAACAAGUUAAAGGAAACUGUGAUCAAACAGCAGAACACAUUAAGGUCCAGGCCCGACACACAGAGAGGCGGAUUAAGGAGGAAUUUAUGAAGCUUCACCAGUUUCUACAAAAGGAAGAGGAGGCCAGGAUCGCUGCUGUGAGGGAGGAAGAGGAGCAGAAGAGUCAGAUGAUGAAGGAGCACAUUGAGGCUCUGAGCAGAGAGAUAGCAGCUCUUUCAGACACCAUCAGAGCCACAGAGGAGGAGCUGAGAGCUCAAGACGUCUCAUUCCUGCUCAACUACAAGGCAGCAGUGGAAAGAGUCCAGCAGCGCCCCCUGCUGGAGGAUCCAGAGCUGGUCUCAGGAGUUCUGAUAGAGGAGGCCAAACACCUGGGCAACCUGACCUUCAACAUCUGGAACAAGAUGAAGAAGAUUGUCUCCUACACUCCUGUGAUUCUGGACCCAAACACUGCCAACCCAGAACUCAUCCUGUCUGAAGAUCUGACCAGUGUGGUACGUGGACAGAGACAGCAGCUUCCUGAAAACCCAGAGAGGUUUGAUUCAUUCAUCUCUGUACUGGGCUCUGAGGGCUUCAGUGCAGGGACUUACAGCUGGGACGUUGAGGUUGGAGACAAUACAGGCUGGUUUAUUGGUGUGGCAGCACAGCCUGUCCAGAGGAAGGGACAAAUAAAAUCUGGGUUCUGGCAAAUAUAUUUAUACAAUGGUAAAUACAACGCACGUAUUUUAGGAGAGCUACCCACUGUUCUCAAAGUGAAGAAGAAGCUCCAGAGGAUCAGAGUUCAUCUGGACUGGAAUAGAGGAAAGUUGUCAUUCUCUGAUUUUGAUACGAACAUGCACAUACACACCUUCACACACACUUUCACUGAGAUGCUGUUUCCAUGCAUAGGCAAUUUGAAUCAAUUUCCACUGAAGGUAUUACCAAGCAAUGUCUUUGUAACAAGAGAGUAGCUUAGUUAGUUUCCACCUGAUAAAUUUAAUUUUCAGUCUAAUAUUCGAUCUCCUUUCAACUUUGCUUUGGUCUCCACCAACCCCUGAGAAAAAUAUCUGUCUGUCUCUUCAGCUGUUAGAUGGUCAACUUUCUUUAUCUCUGUGUCUGUUUGCUGUUUGAUGCUUAGUGGGUAGUGUGCAUAUGUUCAUGUUUUUUUAAUGUGUUCAUGAGAGUGUCUGCUGACAACAGCUGCCCGCUGCUGCUGGAAACGCUGAGACUGAAACAUACAGUAAAUGUGUCAUGAAACCAAAACUACGAGCUGAAAGAGGCUAAAAAGCUAAUUUGAGCUGCAUAAGUAGUAAAACUACUCUGUUGGUUCAACAGAAAGAGCGACCCUAUUCACAGGUCAAGUAUUGAUCAGUGAAGCUUGAGAUUGAGUCACAUGACUGAACCUUACCUUCAAAUUUGCAUAGCUUCUGUACAGAUCUUGAAGUGACAUAUUUUCACAUCUUGCACAUCUGCUGUAACUUGAAACGGCUUUAUAUUGCUACUGAGUGCUGUACGUCUUCCACUUAUUGUAUACUACAUAUGUUUAUUAGGUUUUUGGUGUAUUUAUAUAUAUAUAUAUAUAGUCAAUAACAUAUGAAUACAUAUAACCUACAUUUCAUAUAUUUGAUGUAUCAUUCUUGAAUUAGGAAUGAAUGAUUUACCACAGUAUGCAUUAGAGGCUGAGGAAAAGUCACCGGGGUCGGACCGGGUGGGUAGGUCCAUUUUCAUAUAUAAAUAUGCAAAACAUUAUUUUCAGAUUUCAUGGGAACAUGAUGGGACAGGAGUGUCCCCUUCUAUGCAUUACUAUUAGUUUGUAUUUUUUUAGUAUUUAUUUAAUAGCCAGUAAUUCACACUUGACACGCUCAUUCACACUUAUCAUACCUUUCUCUUACACUGCAUGGCCAUGAACAUCAUAUGGUACAGGAAGCCUCCUGCUCUUGGCAAACUUAUCAUCUCUGGUCAGUGAGCCUCCAGUUCCAUGUUGUGUAAGAUACGUGGACCCCAGUAUACUUGCUUUCACGUCUAGUUGAAGAUGUGCAAACAAUGGGAAGGCUUUCUAAAAGAUUUUGAAACUUGGCAGCAGACAUUUUCUUGUUUGUAUUAAAUUUUCUGCUUUGCUAUUGCUAUCUAAUGCUAACGGCUGCACUUACUUGUUAAGAACUAAAUGACUUUAAUCUCUUUUGCUCUGGCAGGCAAACAUCUAGCUCUUCCUCUUUUUUAAUAGCAGCUUGGCCUUUAACAAAUACCAGAAGACAAGAUCAUAUCAGCCCUGUUUUCACCUCCAUUGGUUUUAGAUUUGAUUUUAAGAUUUUACUGUAUACUUUUAAAGUACUGUACUUUAAAGUACAGCCUCAGAUCCUCAGGUAGGGCUCUGCUGGCUGUUCCUAAGUCCUGGUUCAAGACUAAAGGUGACCGGGCUUUUGCCUUCAGGACCCUGUCAGCUCUGGAUCUCCCUGCUUGAAGAUCUGAGGCUGCAGAAUCUGUGACAUCUUUUAAAUCACUUCUCAAAACUAAUCUUUAAAAAGAAAAGCUUUUUAUUAAUGCAAGCAUACUGUUUUAUUAUUGUUAGUAUUAUCAUAUAAUAUUGUUGGGUAUUUGAUUUGAUUUUUGUAUUAUUUUAAUUUUUAAUUUUAUUUGCCUCAUUACAGUGAAAUCUUUUAAUCCUGGUUCAACCAUGUAAAGCAUUUUGUAACUUUGUUUUGACAAUUACGGUAUAA